UCCGUGUGAGGCGUAUCGCACGCGUUUCUGCACUGGAAGGUCGGUCGAUCGAAUCGGUCGACGAACCCUUAACACGAACGCUCCGCGAAAUCGUUUAUUCCGUCAUUCCGGAGUUGAGGAAUUGAGUAAUUCCGGUCGGUUUUGCUGGUCCCCAAGAAAACACCACGUAACGCGAACGAUCAUCGAUCGAACAAAGUGAGAUUUAUUCCUCUCGAUCAAAGUGUAUCUUACUUGAACCAGAGUGCAUCGCGUAUAUUCGCGACAAUCGUGACGAGUGAUCGACUUCCGGAAGUAAGUCCUUUUAAGGAGAAAGAGCGUCCUGCGCGAAAGACCGAUGGAGACGAUCGCUCGAUCUUUAUCGGAUGCGGGAAUUCGUUCGAAAGUAAUCGUUCGAAGUCUCGAUUAAUCGUAACGUUGGUUUCGAUCAAUCAUCGGAUCGAGGAGAAAAGUGGAAAGGGAACACGAUCUGGGAAAGUAAAGAAAGGCAUCUCGGUCAGCCAUAAUCUCUCGAUCGGCACAGCCAUCGCGCGCUUAAGACGAUAAUCGUCAUACGGUGGCACGCACGUCCGUGACUGCACGCAUUAGGGACAUUAAGGGAACGCGUGUUGCGAGCAUUAAGAGCCGAGCAUCGAGAACACUUCGCGAGGAACCGAACGCCAAUAAUCGGGAUCGAUCUCACAUCGAUUAAAUUCAAAAUCGGGCCAAAGGGAACGCCGGAGCGGAGUCGAGUAGUUGCGUCGAAUUGCACACGAGUUUCAAAUUGCGAACGAUAUAAUCCUGAAAUAUAAGAUAGAAUAAAAAUAACGGGAUAAUAGAAGGGGAAUUAAAGAAAAAUUGGAGAAGAGAGCGGCAGAAUUCUGGAUAUAUAAGAAGCAACGUUUGCGAGCGUUUUUCCUUUCAUUCCAUUAAUGUAAACUGGAUUAAUAUUUCAAGAUAUGAUCGCGAUAUCAAUAUCGUAAAUUUCAGAUGAGGUUUGAGAACCUCGCGUGAGACUAUAAAGAAAGGAAAGCAGAAGAGUCGCUACGGAAAAAUGAAACAAUCCCGGGUAGCUGAUGGUAUCGCUCGAAUGAAAAUUUCCGGAUACAUAUUAGACAUUAUUUAAUUUCGUGAAAAAAACAGAUGGAAACUGGGGAAGAUCUUGAAAAUAGCUUGAUAACUUUGAGGAUAACUCGGUGAGACAAUAUCAUCCUCGCUCGAGCUCACACAUGUCACAGUCGUUGUAUUCCUGCGCACGCGGGGAAUCUUGAGAUUCUCGACGGAGGUAUCUCUCGGAGGUUUGAGAAAUUUGUAAUAACAAUACUCGUGGGAUAGAAGAGCGAGGUUCCACUCCUUCUCGGCUACGUACUCACUGUUCUCGCGGGAUUCGCGAAUAAAAAAAAGUUAAAUGUAAGAAUAAUAAGCUAAAAGAGAUAAAACACAUAAUCUCGGAGAACCAGCCCGGAAAUUCUUUUCUGCUAUCGCACACGCUUAGUUUGCUGAUGCGCGAUCGAAAUGCAGGGGCCAUCUCGCUGGAUCGUGAUCCGGGUGAUUUACAUGUAAGGGCGACUGGUCGACGCCAAGCAUCAAAUUCGCGACUUCGUGAAUCUGACUUAUAACUUGACGCACUUAAAUGCCACUAUCUCGAUGUGUGCAUUGUCGUUGUACUCGAGAUCUCUCUGUCCGAGACACUUGACACGUGACGCUCGAACACUCGGGAGAUAAAGACGACGCGACCUUUGUGCACCGUUUUGCGUUCGCGAAUUUGAGGAAGUCCGCUAUGCUCUCCGCCACUGUGCUUGAAAAAGCUCGACACGCCUCGUGAAAGGCUGAUUCGCCAUCCGAUAAUCGUGGAAUGUUGCCGAGAAGAAUCUGAAGUGCGAAAGAGAGAGAGGGAGAGAGAGAGAGAGAGAGAGAAAGAGACAGAAAAGAAGAGAUAAGCCCAUAAUGAUGGAAGACGCGUUAGGGUCCAGCACGAUGCGAGGAGAAACAUGAAGUAACGGACAGCGACGCAUUUUGCUGCCCCGAAGGGCUCCUCAGCGUCUGGAAGCAAAAGACCGGUGGACACGGAGAAAUACGACAUGGAUUUCCCAAAGCGGGAGUGGAGCCACACGCUCAGUCUUCGUGGCCGAAGGGCUCACGAGGGCGAAAUCGGGCACAGAACUAUAACCGGGGCUCCCAGGACCACCAGAAGAUGGGCGAGCCUCAGGCAACAUGUGACCAGUGGCCAUGACGGUGGUAAACCCCGCGUUGAGUUGCUGUUCAAUACGUCGGGUUCUAAACCCUCCACGCCGUCCUCGCAACCGCACACCCCUAAUACACCGAAAACGCCGCACACCCCGCCCAUCAAGAAGUCCAAUUGGGAGGUCAUCGAACACUUCACCGGCGCGCCGCGUCCCUCUAUCAUCACGGUGGCCAGAGGAUCGGAGGUCGGCGUGGCACCGACAACUGGAAGGGAGUCUAUGUCGGAAGCUGCAGCGAACGUAGGAAUCACGCAGCACACGCGGAAAUGCGCUCUGAGCAGAUUCCUGAGCUCGCUAUGCCGAUCUCAUCAUUUCAAGAACCUGCAGGUUGAAAUGCUGUACCAGCGCUACUUCCUACGUAUGAAUCAAAGCAACAUGACACAUGUGCUCGGUCUACUGGUCGGUUUGGCGCUCGCAUUGGGCCUACUACUUAUCAUGAAGUUAAUGCUAACCAACGACCAGCCGAUCUUCACGCUGCUACAGAAACCUGAAAAUCUUUCUCUCGCGAUCACUCUGGUAACCUGCAUCGCUAUUUAUGCCGCUUUGGUGGCAGCCAUCUCCAGACCGGGCAUGAAUGAGAUAUGGCUGGCUGGUGUUAGUGGCGCGGUGCUAGUCACCCUGCUAGCCCUACAGGUGACCCUGAGCAUUCAUCUAGCGCGGCUGCACGAGGUGGGGGGUCGCGAGAAUACCGCCGACACAUCAUUCUCCUUUAAAUCAAAGGACCUUCGAACCGGGGGACCCCUUGCCGCCACCUUAAUGGUCUGCUUUUUCAUCUAUAUGGCCUACGCUCUUUUGCCGAUCAGACUCAGGCAUGCCUGCAUCGCCGGGAUUGUUUUCUCGGCCGCUCAUCUUAUCGGAGCCUUUCUGCUCUAUCCGCAUUAUCCAUCCAUGAUGGCACACUUGCUGAGUUCGAUCGUAGUAGUCGGUGGGACGAACGUAGCUGGCGCACUGACACAUCACCCUCGGGAACUGGCGCAAAGACAAGCAUUCCUUGAAACUCGACAAUGUGUCGAAGCACGUUUGACCACGCAGCGAGAGAAUCAGCAACAGGAAAGGCUCUUGCUCAGCGUAUUACCAAGGCACGUUGCUAUGGAGAUGAAAGCCGAUAUAGCCGGAAAACCGAAGGACACGAUGUUUCACAAAAUUUAUAUUCAAAGACAUGAGAACGUCAGCAUUUUGUUCGCCGAUAUCUGUGGAUUUACCUCGCUCUCUGAUCAAUGCACUGCCGAAGAGCUCGUCAGAUUGCUCAACGAACUUUUUGCACGGUUUGACAGGCUAGCCGCUGAGCACCACUGCCUCAGGAUAAAGCUCCUCGGAGACUGUUAUUAUUGCGUUUCCGGACUUCCGGAGCCACGGCCCGAUCACGCUCACUGUUGCGUAGAAAUGGGAUUGGACAUGAUCGAUGCAAUAACAUUGGUUCGCGAAGUAAUGGCCGUAAACGUGAAUAUGAGAGUCGGUAUCCAUACGGGCCGGGUUCACUGUGGAGUUCUCGGUCUGAGAAAAUGGCAGUUUGAUGUUUGGAGCAACGACGUGACCCUAGCCAAUUACAUGGAAAGCGGAGGUAUACCCGGACGUGUACACAUCACAAAAGAGACUUUAGAUUGCUUGGGCGGAUAUUACGAAGUCGAGGAAGGCCGCGGGGGCGAAAGAAAUGCGUACUUAAAGGACCAUAACAUCAGAACUUACUUGAUCGUCCCGGGAGACACAUUUAAGGAUAACAUAACUAGUUCUGGGAUGCGAAAAACCUUCCCGGCGAAUGGUAAUGUGUCCAAAGAGAUGAGGGUUAUGGGUCACGGUUCCCAACACGGCAAACAAACUAAAUUAGGCUUCGGCGAAACCAUUGAGGGCGAAAAGGAUCCCGAAGAUGAAGUGAACGAAUACCUGAUGAGAGCGAUCGAUGCUAGAAGCAUAGAUCGAUUGAGAGCGGAGCAUUGUACGCCGUUUAUAUUAACGUUUCGAAGACCGGAUGUCGAAGAAAAGUACUCGCGCGAGAGGGACAGGAUGCUCUCGGCUUAUUUUGUGUGCUCCGGUUUCGUCUACAUGGUCGUUGUGGUCGCAAUAGCCAUCACCCUCGCCGGGAGCGUAUACUUCUACGUCUGCACGGCGAUUAGCAUACUGGUGAUAGCCUUGGUUAAUGGCAUUUUAUUGGCGGAAAAGAACGAGAGGGUGCCGGAAUGGGUGAGAAGCAUGGCACUACAGAUCUUCGAAAAUCGCAUCAUCGCGCAGAGCAUUGCGUCCAUCGUCGUGUUUUUAACGUUUAUCACAGUACUAUCGCCACUGAUCACGCUGACCGGAAGUGAGGCUUGCAUCAACAAUGACACGUCGCCUUUCGCCGAAGAUGAGAAUCCCAGCGUAAUGAGAGUACCAACAGAGAAUACCGAUGCCGCUGGCAUCUGUGAUUAUAUUCUUUUCUGCGACUUGUUUCCGGUUUUGGUGAUGCUCGUGAUGGUAACCUGUGCGGUGUAUCAGAUCUUAACAUCGGUCUUUAAAGUAGCCGUUUUGAGCAUCGUUGUGGCUUGUUAUCUCGGGGUCAGCAUUUACCAGGCACUAAAUGAGGACGACGUCGAGCCUGCUGGAAGAUGGUUGGCGGGAGUUCUAGUGGUUUUCUUCAUGGCCUGCCUAGUAGCACACUCUCAGCACACAGAGGCGACCUACAGAUUAGAUUUCCUGUGGAAGUUGCAAGCGACCGAGGAGAAAGAAGAAAUGGAACACUUGAAGGCCUACAACCAGAAACUGCUCGGGAAUAUACUUCCGGAACACGUGGCCGCCCAUUUUCUCUCUACUGUUAAUUCAGAUGAAUUAUACCACGAACAAUGCGACUUUGUGUGCAUUAUGUUCGCCUCGAUACCAAAUUUUUCCGAGUUCUACGUAGAGCUCGAAGCGAAUAACGAGGGCGUGGAAUGCCUCAGGCUUCUUAACGAAAUCAUCGCUGACUUCGACGAGUUACUCGCCGAGGAGCAAUUUAAGUACAUCGAGAAGAUCAAGAGCACAGGCGCUACGUAUAUGGCCGCUUCGGGCCUAACGAAAAGCACCUGCGACAUGCGAGAUUUCAAGCACGUAGUCGCUAUGGCGGAUUACGCCCUAAGAAUCCGCGAGCAGCUGGCCUAUGUCAAUGUACACAGCUUUAAUAACUUCCGCAUGCGUGUGGGCAUCAACAUCGGACCGGUGGUCGCUGGCGUGAUCGGUGCCAGGAAACCGCAGUACGACAUCUGGGGCAACGCCGUGAACGUGGCCUCCAGGAUGGAUUCUACGGGCGUGUUAGACGGGAUUCAAGUCACCCAAGAGGUUCGCGAUAUUCUGAUCACUAAAGGAUAUUCGCUCACGUGCCGCGGAACGAUUCAAGUCAAGGGGAAGGGCAGUAUGAUAACUUACCUCCUGGACGGACCAAGGGACAACACCAACCCGAUGGAUGUCAUCAAGACGAAUUCCAAUAACAAUACCGACGCCACAGAGAAAACGGUUGUCAACAAUAGCAGCGGGGCUAUCUAAUUGGUGGGAAUGCUCGAGCAAGAAUUCGCGAUGGACGACACGUCAUAUCGACGAUAGAAAAUAUCAAUUAUUAAUUUUCGCGCUAUUUAAGACUUCUUCCAUGUACUCAAGUCCAAAAACGGCAAUAUAAUGUCCAGGGCACGUGUGCGCAAAUUGGAGUCGUCGAGUGCCGUCCGUAAAUCGACCGGGAUGAACGGGAUAAUUGCGUCACUAUAGUUUUAAGUCUCAAGACAAACGAAGCAUAAACGACAUUCACAGGAAUAAUCCUGGCAUUUCGUUGCAGAUUUCAUGUGAAUUACGCUUCUGGUUUGAUCACGUAUCGACUUUAAUAAAUUUAAGGAACUUUUUACGAGACUUAUUGUUAGUUCAUAGCAAAUAUAAUUUAAAAAAUGCUGGAUUAAACGAUAUUUACUUUAAACAGUUUAGAAAAACAUAAAAAACAUUAAUUAACCCUCGAAAGUCACACUGGGCUCUCACAAACUCCAACGAAAUUUUGGAACUACGUUUGAGAAACUAUCAUUUAUAUUUUUUAACGAAUAUUUUUUGGUAAUAAUUUUUUUGACAAAUUCUGAGAUUACCAUCAUAAUUCUAAGAACAUUACAAUACGUUGAUUUUUUCGAAACUUAUAAGCGAGAAAUAGCUGAUCCUACAGACCCCAGUGUGACUUACAAAAAAUAAGUGUGGCCUGCGAGGAUUAACAAUGUUGGUUAACACAGCAAGAAAAACGUAAUAGCAUUUUAAUAUCGCAAUUAUU